AUGAAGGAAGAAUAUGAUUCCUUGGUUAAGAAUAAAACAUGGUCACUGGUAGAUUUGCCAUCAGGUAAGAGAGCCUUGCCAUGCAAAUGGGUGUUUAAAAGUAAGACAAAUGAGAAAGGUGAGAUUGUUCGUUUUAAAGCAAGAUUAGUUAUUAAGGGGUGUGCUCAACGAAAAGGAAAUGACUACAAUGAAGUCUAUGCUCCAGUGGUAAGAUACACCUCAGUUCGAUUCUUGCUUGCUCUAGCUGCUAAAUACGACCUAGAAAUGAUUCAGAUGGAUGCUAUAAGCGCAUUUCUUCAGGGUGACAUAGACACUGAAAUAUAUAUGUCACAACCAGAAUGCUAUAAAGAGAGUGAUCAGGUAUGUCACCUACAUAAAUCAAUCUACGGGCUCAAGCAGGCUAGUCGUCAGUGGAAUGUUAAAUUAAACAAUGCUCUGCUAAAAAUCGGAUUGAAAAGAUCAAAAAUAGAUCCAUGCAUUUAUUAUUCCGUAAAUAAAUCAAAAAUGAUUUUUAUUGCAGUAUGGGUAGAUGACUUCAUGAUAUUUACAAAUGACAAGAAAACGGCAACAGGUAUCAAAGUAAAACUUAAAGAAGAAUUCAAUAUGAAAGAUCUGGGUGAGAUAAAGCAGUGUAUUGGGAUAAAUAUAAAUAGAGAUCGUAAGGCAGGUGGGAUCAUGUUGGACCAAGAGAAGUACAUAAACCAAGUGUUAGAACGCUUUGGUAUGUCUGCUUGCAAACCAGUUCACACUCCGAUAGAGGUAAAUAUGAAAUUUGAUAAGAAACCUAAAAAUGAAGAUGGCAAUUUCCCAUACAGAGAAGCGGUGGGGUGUCUAAUAUAUUUGGCACAAGUUACACGACCUGACAUCACAUAUGCGGUGAACAAGUUGAGUCAGUACUGUAAUGACCUAGGUAUUCAACACUGGCUUGGAGUAAAAAGGGUUAUGAGGUACCUUCAAGGAACCAAGAAACUAAAGUUAUGUUAUCUCAAAGAUGACUCCAAGGAAAUAACUGGGUAUUGUGACGCAGAUUGGGCUACUGAUCCACAGGAUAGAAGAUCAUGCACCGGUUACACUUUUAUUUUUCAAAAUGCUUCCAUAUCUUGGAAUUCUUGUAAACAACAGACUGUGGCACUCUCGACAGCAGAGGCUGAAUAUAUGGCGAUGGCUUCGGCGACCCAGGAGGCGUUGUGGCUUCGGCAACUACAAGCUGAGAUCGGGCAAGGCCUGGACAGUGCAUUACUUAUCUAUAGUGAUAAUCAAAGUGCGAUAAGGUUGGCAUCAACUGACUGUUAUAAAGCUAAGACUAAACAUAUAGAUAUAAGGUUGCAUUUUCUCAGGGAAAACAUUGUUAAUUGUAAAGUUAAAUUUUUAUUUGUAAAUGGUUGUAACAUGGUAGCUGACAAUUUGACAAAGGGUGUAACACUUGCCAAGCAUUUAUACUGUAUUAGUAAGAUGGGAUUGCGUUUUAGAGGGAGUGUUAGUAAAUGA